AUGAACACCACUAUCACUUCUUCCACUGGUUCUUCCUCCAAAUCCAAAACCAGAGGACGCAUUCAAAAGAAGGCACCAAGAAGACAGAAAACCUUCUCUCUCUUCUCCAAUCACAAUAUCCAAUCCACAAGUUUCAAAGUACUGCAGAGCACAGAGAAUUCCAUGAUGGGAGUAUUCAAAAAGACGAGAAGUAUGUGCAGUUUGGCUUCAUACGAAUCUGUUUGGAAUAUGAACAAUACCAUGAUACAGAACUCUAUGCCACAACAGCCAUGUGUACAUUCAAAUUGUCCUCCAAUAAUAGUCACUCUUACUUCCUCUCCAUCCAAUAAUCAUACGCAACAACAAUCACCUACUAAUACCACUCCUUGUACUGCCAGUAGAAAGAAGAGAGUCAUGUCUUCAUCUUCCUUGUCGAGUAUGUGUGAUUCCUCAUCUUCAGAAAACACAAUAAUUGCAGCUCCAAUUAAUAUCAUACCCUCAAUGCAAGGAUGCCAUCCAAUAUUGCCUCAUUCACAAUCCUCUCCACAACAAGUCAACAUUAGCUCCUUGAAUAUAACUCCAAUCAUGCAACCAUCCAUUGUUGAAAUGACAACAGAAUCUCUCUCGCCUUCAUCACCAGGGCAAUAUUUCAAAAAAGGAAGAAUCCAAAUGCCAACAUUAAGGGAGCUCUUGAAUUGA